CAUGCGCGCCGCCGCCUGGGAAAGGCUGUCUUCGACGAGGGAGUGUUAAAAGUUAAAAAGUGUCCAGGUUGAAGGAUUGAUCAAUGUUUCCGGGUCGGGGUCACAACACCGGUUAGUCAGCGACCCCGGGGCGCAAUUUCUCUCCUUGGUCCAGUUAUUGACGAGAAUAAGGGUCAUGCUUUGAUCACUAAGUGGUGAAUUUGCAUUUAGCACUCUGGGUAUUCUGGUGCCUUAGUCAAUAUGGGAUUUGGAAAUGAUCUUCGGAAUUCCCACGAAGCCCUGCUAAAACUGCAGGAAUCUGAGCUUAAAGUCUUGGAGACGUUGAGGAAGUUUAUGUCUCUACGAGUUAAGAGUGACAAAGAAUAUGCAUCCUUGCUACAGAAUGUUUGCCAGCAAGUGGAAAAGCAUGAAACAUCUUCCCCUGUGGAUUCUCUUAGUAAUGUCACGAAGUCUUGGGCCAGCAUGGUACAUCAGACAGAACAGUUGAGCAGAAUAAUGAAAACACAUGCUGAAGACCUAAAUGUGGGACCCUUGUACAGAUUGACCAUGAUGAUCAAAGAUAAGCAGCAAGUCAAGAAAAGCUAUCAAAGCAUGCAACAACAACUGGAAGCUGAAGUGUGCAAGGUAACAAAGACUGAACUUGAAAAGCUGAAGUCUGCCUACAGACAACUAGCAAAAGAAGCAUGCAUCGCCAAGGAAAAAUAUAAAGAAGCUCUUUCAAAAGGCAAAGAGACAGAAAAAGCCAAAGACAGAUUUGACAAGGCCACCAUGAAACUUCAUAAUUUGCAUAACCAGUAUGUGUUGGCAGUGAAGGGGGCCCAGCUGCACCAGGAACAGUAUUAUGAUAAAGCUCUUCCUUUACUGCUAGAUUCUUUGCAGAAGAUGCAGGAGGAAAUGAUUCUUGCAUUAAAGGGAAUUCUAGAAGAAUAUGUAAAAAUAACUAGUCUUGUGACAGAAGACAUAAUAAAUAUCCACAAAGAUGUCUUAAACUCCAUCGAGCAAAUCAACCCCAGUUCAGAGUACAACCACUUCAUUGAAAAUAAUAGGUCACAGCCAAUUAAGGAGGCAAGUAUUGAGUUCGAUGUUUUGUUGCUGGAGGACAUGGAAAACCUUCAAGUCAAUGAGAUUUUAUGGAACAGUUUAACAGCCGAGAGUUUACAGACAAUGCUGAAAGCAACAACUGAAGACUUGAUCCAAACUCAACAAACUAUCACCAGCAAGGAGGAAAUAAUGGUGGAACUGGAGAAAAAAAUUGAAGAAACUGCUGUGACAUAUGAAAAGAAAUCUGAUAUUGUAUUACUGCUGAGUCAAAAGCAGGCUUUGGAGGAGCUGAGGCAGAGUGUGCAACAGAUGAAGUGUUCUGAGGCUAAACUCUCUGCACAGAGGGAUCUGUUGGAUCAAAAGGUUAAAGAGAAUGAUGGGAAGGAGCCACCGCCAGUACUAGCCUAUGAAGAUGAUGCAAGAUCUAUUACAUCAAUGGACAAAGGAAAAGACAAGGUUUCAAAAUUCGACUCCAUUCGACACUCCAUUGCUGGAAUGAUAAGAUCACCAAAAAAUUAUUUGACUUCAUCUUUCUUUGACGUGAUGCCUACCAGUGAAAAACCAUUAGCAGAACAAGAUUGGUAUCAUGGAGCAAUUCCUCGAAUAGAAGCACAAGAGUUGUUGAAACAGCAAGGUGAUUUCCUGGUCCGAGAAAGCCACGGCAAACCUGGUGAAUACGUACUUUCUGUUUACUCAGAUGGACAGCGCAGACACUUUAUCAUCCAGUAUGCAGAUAAUCAGUAUCGAUUUGAAGGAACUGGAUUUCCAACAAUACCUCAGCUUAUGGAACAUCAUUAUUCUACAAAGCAAGUGAUCACAAAAAAAUCAGGAGUGGUGCUGUUGAAUCCUGUUGUUAAGGACAAAAAAUGGGUCCUCAAUCACGAAGAUGUGACACUUGGAGAAUUGCUUGGUAAAGGGAAUUUUGGUGAAGUUUUCAAGGGAACAUUGAAAGAUAAAACUCCAGUGGCUGUAAAAACGUGCAAAGAAGAUUUGCCACAAGAGCUGAAAAUUAAAUUUUUAUCAGAAGCAAGGAUACUCAAGCAGUACGAUCAUCCAAACAUUGUCAAACUGAUCGGAGUCUGUACCCAAAGGCAGCCAAUUUACAUUGUUAUGGAGCUAAUACCAGGUGGUGAUUUCCUUUCAUUUUUACGGAAGAAGAAAGAUGAAUUAAAGAUGAAGCAACUUGUGAAGAUGUCUUUGGAUGCUGCUGCUGGUAUGGCUUAUCUCGAAGGAAAGAACUGUAUUCACAGAGACCUUGCUGCCAGAAACUGUCUUGUAGGUGACAAUAAUGUUCUUAAAAUCAGUGAUUUUGGAAUGUCAAGACAGGAAGAUGAUGGAAUUUACUCAUCGUCCGGCUUGAAGCAAAUUCCAAUUAAAUGGACAGCUCCCGAGGCUCUAAACUAUGGGCGAUACAGUUCAGAGAGCGACGUGUGGAGUUAUGGGAUACUCUUGUGGGAGACAUUCAGCUUGGGAGUGUGUCCAUAUCCUGGAAUGACUAAUCAACAAGCACGAGAACAGGUUGAAAAAGGUUACAGGAUGUCAUCACCGCAGAAAUGUCCAGAGGAAAUAUAUGCCAUAAUGCUGAGGUGCUGGGAAUAUAAGCCAGAAAAUCGACCAAAUUUCAAUGAUGUGCACAAAGAACUCUUGUGCAUCAAGAAGAAGAUAACGUAGUAACACAAGGAGUAAAUGCUGACUGUAGGAAAUUGAGUAUUCAGUUAUUGUGAAACAUCAGGAGUCACACAAUACCAUCUUUGCUCUGAUAUAUUGUAAUUAAUGUGAUAUAUAUUUGUUAUAUUGCAGCAGCAUUUUUUUUGUUGAAACUUUUAAAUAUUUCUUACCUGUUUGUUCGAGGCCCAUAAGUAUUUGUAAGGUACAUCAAAGAGAAAAGGUUUCUCAAAGCAUUAAAAGACACAUUGCAAAAACACACACCUAGCUAAGAAGCAAAGUCCUCUGGUUGUCAUUUUCAUAAAUGUAAAUAGAGCACAUCAGAUUAUGGUAUGUUUACUUGGUGCUAUUGAAAUGCAAUAUAAGAUUUUGCGGCGCUUAUCCCAAAGCUGACUAUUGUAAAUUGCUGUUAUCAGACUCAAAAAUAUCUACUAUAGACGACCAGGAAAUAGGUUCCUGAGACAGUGAUUAUUUCCACGUAUUUUCAAGAAUACUCAGCUGGCGAGGUUGGUCAAAUAACACAAUAGAAAUAUCAACAAGACAUUUGUAUAAUUGUUUGUCUUAAUGAUCACUUAUCUGCACAAUUCUUCAGGUUGCUAUAUUGACGACAUCACAAUUAGGUUUCCAUGAUGUGCUUGAGAUUCCAAAGUACUGUACUGUACAGUGCAAGUACCUAUGCUUUUUUAAAAUGAAAAUACAUUAACACUUUUUUGUUGGUUUACUUCAGUUUUGAGAUCUAUGAUCUUAUUGAAUUCAAAAUGCACCUUGUUUGACUGCUAAAAUAUUUGAACAUUUUGCCAGCAGUACUAGGCAUUUGACCAAGCUUUAGCAAGAACGUAAUUGUUUUGCUGUCCAUACAUUGAUGCAAAUAAGUUAACCCUUUGAAUAUUAAAGUCUCCUACUUUCAGAUAAUCUGAAAUAAAUAUUUCCUCUAAUUUAUGAUAAAUUGCAAUAGGAUCAGAGAAGUGUGCCAAAUGCUGCUUCAUUUGUUAUUGCUCAGAAAUAACCCUCCAAAUUUGAAGCAUUGAUUUUAAUGAUAUAACUGCAAAACUCAAAAGAUCUUACAGAAGCUGAGUAGCUGGAUGUAUUUUAUCAUAAUUUAGAAAGGACCACUUCAUGUCAACAGUAUUUCAGAUUCAGUGAUGGCUUUUAUACCAAUUUUGGUUAAAUUGUAUAUAUCCUUUCAUUAUUAAGGGACUGAGGAUUCUGUUGUUUUAGCCUACACAUGAACUUCUAUAACUAGUGUUUGUUGCUGAUGUGCACAGACAUGUCCUGACAGAGUGCAAAAUCAAGUGGAGAGCACUUUGCAGAAUGUGUUUCAUCCUCUGGUUCAUUGCUGAGGCAAAGUUUUCAAUGUGAAAUAAUGUGGCAUCCACUUCUGACAUGAAAGUGAACAUUAGACAAUAACAAUAGGCCUUGAGAAAGGGCUUGUAUUAAAAUAUGCUGUUUCAAAGCUUAAUAUGUUUAGAUGUCUGAUGCAAUCUUAUGUUUGGUUCCAAUUUAUAUUUUCCAAGUCACACUGUCCAAGAGAACAUUUGAUUCAGAAAAUAUUGCUGUGGUAAAGGAUCACUGGCAUGACACUGAAUCAGUCUCAUUCAUUCACUAGAUUCACAGUUGGAUCCUGUAUGUUUCACUAGACAUGGAUUUGUAUGUAUGUUGGUCCAUAUCUGAAUCCACUUCUAAAAUUAUGAUUGAAGAUGAUUACAGCACAUUGAUUUGUAGCACUAUCUUUAUUAGGAAUGGAGGACUAAAAUCAUAUUGAAGUGCAGGAAGAAACAUGAAACAAAUUGAAAUACUGUACUGUGAAUCAUCAUUUUAAGGCAAUGUUUGCAGGAGUCCUAAGUCUUUAGGUUUAAUAUUUCCAUGGUUUUGUUUUUCAAAUUUGUUUACAAAGUGUGAACUGAUGUAUCUUUCAGUUUGUUUAAUAUGUUUGGUCAUUCUUGAUUUUUGACAAGUUUAGAACUUGCAGGAAAUGGUAUGAUUUACAGUACACUUAAAACUAAGCCCAUCUUGUAAACAACAGUACAAUAUAUAGGAAUUUUAUGGAUUCAGAUGUUAUGGUAGUACUAAUAGAAACUAAAUAAGCUGUGCUUCGUCUGUUUUAAGUACUUUGCACAGCAUGUAUUUUAUAACAUUAUUUAACAACAUUUCUAUUGACUUUAUUUGAAGUGUUGUAGCCAAUCCAUUGCAAGUGCUUUUAUUCCAAAAAACAGUCAAGUUUUUGUUUCUGCUCUAGUAUUUCCACAGACCGUAAUUAUUUAAUGCCUGCAUUUCACUGCUGCAAAGCAAAUUCAGUAUUACACACGGAGAAUAAAUGCAUGGCAAGUUCCACAGAAAAUGUUUCAGUGCAGUAAGAAUGUUAAAUACUUACAGGAAUGUUGGUAUUUUCAAACUGGUGAACUGGGUGUUGUAGCAGAGUUUCCGCUUUACCAGCAAAUUGUGCGAUCCUAUUACAAUUAUAUUUUUUGCAAACUGAGCAUUGUCACAGUAAAGUCAGUAAAUUUCUUGGGUUUGAAAUGUGGUUUUGUUGUGAAGACAAUUCCUGGUUGACCAUAAUUGCUGUAAUCAGGCUUCAAUUUUAUCAUGGAUAGUGUACUAUUAUGCCAUACUUCCAUUCUGAACUGAUGGGGAAGCAAAGUCUUAAAAUGUACAUUUAUUCCACAAUAACAGCCAAAUAGUCACUUUUGAAUUACAUGAAUGACAUAAUUUUAAAAAGUCACUAAUUUAACUGCUUUUGAAAUUUACAUUCUGAAUACCAUAAUAAGCCCAUCAUAGAAUUGAAUUGUGUACUUUGAACUUCAUGUGAGUUUUGUCGUAAUAAAACGCUGUUUCUGAACAUCCACAACAUUAGAAUUGUAAGCAAAAUGCAUAUUCUACAGUAGAUUUGUCUGACAAAAACUUUAGUCCUUUAAUAAAGAUUGUUCAAAUUAUAAUUGGAAAUAGUAAUAAAAACUGGAGAAUAAAGAUAUGGGAGACGACCUAGGUGUGCCAUACAUGUUUCAUUAUGUGUCACUGCUCAGAUGCUUGUAAUUCUUUUCAAUCUUUUGUUUGAGAGGUACAGGAACUUACUGCAGUGAUCUCUUGACAAAGCCACCUAAAGCUGAAGCCAAGCCAAAUUAAUGAACAGAAAUUUUCCAGUAUAUGUUGUCAGAAUGCUUUUAUGUGGCAUGAGUUUGAAUUGCACUUUUAUUCUGAUUAGUACAAAUCCACAUAUUUUAACAUCUAUGCUAUUGUGUUCAUUUUAACAAAAUUACAAAGAAUAGGCCCGCCCUUUCUCUUGAUGCAAGUGUGACCAUAUAUAAAAGCAGAGUGCUUUAGCUUUUUUAUUACAUCAGUGUUUCGUUGUAAAGAUUAAUCUCAACUAAUAUCCCAUUAUUCUCAGAUUUCAUGCCACCAUAAGACAAAUGAAAGUAAGUUUUCAAUUUUCUGAUCUGUGUCAUACAUAUUGCUUUUAUAUAAAAUAAAUGGUAGUUUUUCUACCAUGUAACUUAACAACCAGUAGCAAUGCGUGAAACAUCAAAUUGUGCUGUGAUUUUGAAAAGCUCCAGUAGUGUGCCAGAAUAAAGAUUGAAAUUUUGAUUUGUGUUAAUAUAUAAAAGUGCACCUUUUCUUUUUCCAAAGUUUAAGCUUCUGCUUUUAAAGAAAACAUUUUCAACACUGGAACUAAGUAAUUCUUUUAAAUGUCUUAAACUUUCUGUCAAAGGCUAAAAUAAUCUUUUAAAAGUAAAUGUUCACUUUAAAAUUAAAGUUUUACUUUUUAAGGAUGUAUAUAUAUUUCUGCCCCAAAACAACAAAAUGAAAAUCAGGCCGAAUUCUGAUGUAACCAUUGGGGGAACAAUGUUCAAAAUACCAUAGACAGAAAUACUUGUCUUUUGUAAUUUUUAACACAAUACUGUGUUGUAACAUUUAUUUAUUUUGUACUUUUUUACAUUGAAUUUACAGGGAUUUUGAAAUAACUUUGCCAGUUAUCGUUUUCUUUGUCUGCUGUGCCCUUGUGAAUUGCAGGCUUGUUUUAAACCGCUUCUGUGUUAUAUUGGACCAAAUACCACUAACAAGUCUGUUGUUGAUAUUUAUACUGUAAUCUCUAAUAAAUAAAUGGAUUGUCAGUA